GCGGCCCCUCCUCCCAGCAUCAGGACGCGGCGGGCGCCAUUUCAGGGAGCAGUCGCUUUUUGGUGAGGCCGAGGCGGAUACUCUCUUUUGUGAGGAACGUCCUCGGCUCUGGCCUUGUUUGUAUACUUUUUCGAGGCCCCGCUUGCUCCCGUGUCUCUUUUUCUCUUCCCACCGUUGUCGGGAGAAUCUGAGGCCUAGCCUCCCCCCGUCCUUCCCUCCUUUCCACAGCACAUCCGGAGCCAGCAAACAACGGCAGCCGCCUCUUAGGCACCUGAGCUACAAGCGAGGCCUCCGGCAGCGCAGGUGUCCUGAAAAAAUGGCUGAUGAUAUUGAUAUAGAAGCAAUGCUUGAAGCUCCUUAUAGGAAGACUUGCCUAACGAUAUCUCACCUCUACUCCCAUGAAUUCACCUUUGAUUCCAGUGUGAACUGUCAAUCAUAAGGUAGUAAUUGAGUGACGUAUCGCUGUACCGUGGUCCCCCUAGGUAAAAACAAACAGACAAACAAAGAACACUCCUAAAAACUACCAACUCAAUUUUGGUAUAGCAACAAGGUGAAUGCAGUGGUUUGGGCAAAUAGCAGGGUUCCAAGAAUAACCUUUUCAGGUUCAUGGCAAGCAAAUCCUUAGUCUGCAUAAAGCAAGAAGAGUGACUACUUUUUAAAAUAAAAAGAUAGACGGGUAAUUAAUCUUUAACAUAACAGAUGGCAAUCAGCUGCUGUGAGAAAGACCUUUCCAAAAUUCUUGGAUCCCUGAAUAGUUCACAUUUUCGUAGCAGUAAAAGAAAGUAUUUCUAUCCACCAUAUAGUCAUCUAUGUAGUCAGUGAAGUUUAGCAAUUUUGGUAUAAUGCCUUUACUACAUGAUUUCAAGAUUUUAUACCUAGUUUCAUAUCUAAAAUAGACAGCAAAUGUGUUUAGUUUUUCACUAGACCAUGGUGAAACUAUUAAAUUAUGCAUGCAGUAGCACUGGCUUCACAAACGUACUAUGCAAAAUUAAAGAAUGUAGCAGUUGAACUCAUGGUGUAACUGGUGUGAUAAUUACAGUAAACCUAACAGCAACUGUUAGUUCAUUUUGGAAUAUAUUUAGUGCAGCCAUAAGGUAUGAGAUAUCAAAAGUGCUUGUAACCUUGUAAAUUUAUAUUUUUAUAUAAUUAGUAUCUUGUAAUAAUUUGAAAUGAAUCAUAAUUUGUAAUGUUAAGAAUCUUGUGUACAAGCUUAACAUGGAUAUUUUCCAUGUAAACAGGUAUGGAAAUAGGGAAUAUUUAGGCUGGACUGGUUGGAUAAUUGAUGACUGACUUGGGAGUCGACGUUACUAAAGCAGUGUGAAUCCCUGUUUGCUUCAGGGCGAGAUGUGUGACAGAGGUGGCAUCAAGCUCUUACAGUCCCAACCCUCCAACGAAAAUGGGCGAAGAUCUCAGGAAUGGCAUCGGUCACAGGAAAUCGAUAGUGGCUGGCUGCUAGCAUGGCCACUUGGGGCUUAGGCAGAGAUAUAGCCUUGGAUGAGAACAAAUUGAGCAGUGCCAAUGGCCAUGAAGAGCGCAGCAAGAAGAGAAAAAAGAGCAAGAGUAGAAGUCGUAGUCAUGACAGAAAAAGGAGUAAAAGUAAGGAACGCAAACGAAGUCGUGAUCGUGAAAGGAAGAAGAGCAAAAGUCGAGAGAGGAAACGCAGUAGAAGUAAAGAGCGGAGACGUAGCCGUUCAAGAAGCCGGGAACGGCGAUUCAGAGGACGUUACCGAAGUCCUUAUUCGGGUCCCAAGUUCAAUAGUGCCAUCAGAGGAAAGAUUGGCUUGCCUCAUAACAUCAAAAUAAGUGGUAGACGGCGAUCUAGGAGCAAAAGUCCAUUCAGAAAAGACAAGAGUCCUGUAAGAGAACCAAUUGAUAAUCUUACUCCAGAAGAGAGGGAUGCUCGAACAGUAUUCUGUAUGCAACUUGCUGCAAGAAUUAGGCCAAGAGACCUUGAGGAAUUUUUCUCUACAGUAGGAAAGGUCCGUGAUGUACGCAUGAUUUCAGAUAGAAACUCGAGACGUUCCAAGGGAAUUGCUUAUGUGGAAUUCGUUGAUGUUAGUUCAGUACCUUUGGCAAUUGGAUUAACUGGGCAGCGAGUGUUGGGAGUACCAAUUAUUGUACAAGCAUCUCAAGCAGAGAAAAAUAGAGCAGCUGCAAUGGCUAAUAAUCUACAAAAGGGCAGUGCAGGCCCCAUGAGGCUCUAUGUAGGAUCCUUACACUUCAACAUAACUGAAGAUAUGCUCCGUGGAAUUUUUGAGCCAUUUGGCCGGAUUGAAAGCAUCCAGCUGAUGAUGGACAGUGAAACUGGGCGUUCCAAAGGAUACGGAUUUAUCACUUUUUCAGAUUCAGAGUGUGCUAAAAAGGCUUUGGAACAACUAAAUGGAUUUGAAUUGGCUGGGAGACCAAUGAAAGUAGGUCAUGUAACAGAACGCACGGAUGCAUCCAGUGCUAGUUCAUUUUUGGACAGUGAUGAACUGGAAAGGACUGGAAUUGAUUUGGGAACAACUGGCCGUCUUCAGUUGAUGGCGAGACUGGCUGAAGGUACUGGUCUUCAGAUUCCUCCAGCUGCACAACAAGCUUUGCAGAUGAGUGGCUCAUUAGCAUUUAGUGCUGUAGCAGAUUUGCAGACUCGACUUUCACAGCAAAGUGAAGUAUUGGCUGCAGCUGCUUCAGUACAACCUCUUGCAACACAAUGUUUCCAGCUUUCCAACAUGUUUAACCCUCAAACUGAAGAGGAAGCAGGCUGGGAUACAGAAAUUAAGGACGAUGUGAUUGAGGAAUGUAACAAACAUGGAGGAGUUGUCCACAUUUAUGUAGACAAAAAUUCAGCUCAGGGCAACGUCUAUGUAAAAUGCCCUUCAAUAGCAGCAGCAAUUGCAGCUGUAAAUGCAUUACAUGGAAGGUGGUUUGCAGGUAAAAUGAUAACAGCAGCAUAUGUACCUCUGCCAACGUACCACAACCUUUUUCCAGAUUCUAUGAACGCAACCCAGCUCUUGGUUCCUGCUCGACGAUGAAGAUGGAGUUAGUCAGUUUUGUACAUAGCUAUUUUUUGAAGGAGGACUUUGAGUUAAACUUUUAUUUAGAUGAAAACAAAAUGAAAAGACGUAAAGACCUUUUGUGUACACUUCCUGUUACCUUUAAAGACAAAAAAUAUAGCAAACGGGAAUGCUGUGUGUUCAUUCUCUUGGUUAGCAUUCCCACUGUAUACAAAGCUGACUAAUUUUUCUGCCUUGUAAUUCUUGUACAUUUAGAAUAUUUGGCUAAAAUGAGCUAUAGGAACAGGUGUAGCUUAUAGAAAAGACUUCUGUAAAAGGUGGGCAGGACAUGAUUUUUAAUGUUUCACAAGCCUUUUCUUUUAAAGCAGGUACUGCAUUUUACAUUCACUUAAAUGCUCUGCUAAAGGUUAAUAUCAGAUUUAACUGGAUAUAUUUAGUGUGUUUUAUAUGGACUGAAAAUACAAGCGGCUACUGAAUGAUUUUGGUCAGCUGAUCUACUCACUGGUUAGCAAAAAAAAGGAUUAGAGGAUUUUAUUUCUAAAUGGUAACUUUUGAUUGUCUCUGUAAAAGUUUCUUGUAAAUAAGGUGUAAGGUGUGUUUAAAAUUCCAAACAAAGCUAUCUCUGCAUUUCCAGGUUAAAGUUCCAUUGAUUGCAGGGAAUGUAUCUAAUUGAACGUUGGAGUAGGAAAUGCAGGAAUAUAUUUUGUCUGGUUGCAUAUAAUCUGCUCUUUUUUAAGCUCUGUGAGCUCUGAAAUAUAUUUUGGGUUACUUCAGUGUGUUUGACAAAACAGCUUGAUAUUUCUAUCAACAAAUGACUUUCAUAUUGCAACAAUCUUUGUAAGAACCACUCAAAUAAAAUUCUCUUAAAGGCC